AUGACGUGUAGCAUCCAUGACUUCCUGGAGAUGCCGGACAUCAUCCAAGUUAUGCGACCUGACCUGGCAGAUGUCCCUCUCACUGCCAGAGAUGCAGACCCACCUGCACAGCGGCCUGAGGAGACCUCUGCCAAGGACUUUCGCCAGCUGCUGGAGCUGAACCUCCUGGGCACAUAUACGUUGACCAAGCUUGCUCUCCCCCACCUGCGGAAGCACAGAGGCAACAUCAUCAACAUCUCCAGCCUGGUGGGGACCGUCGGCCAGUCCCAGGCAGUUACGUAUGUGGCUACCAAGGGUGCAGUGACAGCCAUGACCAAAGCGCUGGCCUUGGAUGAGAGCCGAUAUGGUGUCCGCGUCAACUGCAUCUCCCCAGGAAACAUCUGGCUCACUCCGCUGUGGGAAGAGCUGGCGAACUCAACUUCAGACCCCAGUGCCACCAUCCUAGAAGGCUCCUUGGCCCAGCCACUGGGCCGCAUGGGCCGGCCAGCUGAGGUGGGGGCUGGUGUGUUCCUGGCCUCUGAAGCCACGUUCUGUACAGGGAUUGAGCUUCUUGUGACAGGAGGUGCAGAACUGGGGUAUGGAUGCAAGGCUAGCAGGAGCAGACUUGUGGAAGCCCCAUUCUCCCACCCUGAUUUACACUAA